GGAAAUUAAGAAAAAGCAUGUUGACCGAUUCUGAUUAAUUUUAAAGCCGAUGCUGGCCGAUAUUAUCGUUCAUCCUUACCACUGAAUAUAUUACGUAAUCAUAUGUCUGGAAGGGGCCCAUUUGUUAUAAUAAAUACUUAAAUGAAUGCAUAACUUCACUGGUAUUAAAGUCAUGUGAUGUUGUUGUGGCACUGUUACUGAAAUACUUCUCCUCUACUUGCUCCUUGUAGCUGCACUCACAUGAGUCUUUGCUGUGUAACGUUAUUGAAAACUUCCUGUGAAGGAGUCUGUGUGCUGAGGGCUCCUGCAGAGAGUCUGCCUGCCUAUUAUUGUUUACGAUCACACUGAUGUAAAGUAGGUCAUGGGAAGAGGAAGCUCAUUCAGCUGUCGUGUAUAAACCAUCUAGGAAUAGGUGGCUUCGAGGAAAAACGUCUCUGUGGUGCUGACGGUGAUUUUCCGUGAUCGCUGGUUGUGAACAACAGGCAGCACCUGGACUGAUGCUGUUCCUCCAGCAUCUGGACUGAACCUGAACUGACUGGCAGGCUCUUCUACUGCUGAGACUCUGUGGCUGCCAUGUCCAGGCGAAGCAGGAACAGUCGUGCAUGGCGUUAUGUCUGGGGUGGGAUACGCCGGGAUGCUGAUGCCAGGGCACUUGAAGAAUGGAGCUACGACCGUCUAGAGUACAGUGAUUCAGACUCCGAGGCAGACUUCUCAGCAGUGAUGGUCCCUCCAGUCCCCAGUGCAGUGCCUGUCACCGGAGAGUCAUACUGUGGCUGCGAUUCCCAGGCUGAAACCAACUACAACCCUCGACUGCGAGGUUUUCACCAAGUUAAAGACUGCCACUGUGGAGAGGAUGAUCAAGAGUUUGACUGGGUGUGGGAUGCUAGCUGUCGAUCAACAGCAACGUUACUGAGCUGCGACAAUCGCAAAGUGAACUUCCACUCUGAAUACAGCUGCGGUACAGCAGCGAUCCGCGGCUCUAAGGAGCUGGCUGAGGGCCAGCACUUCUGGGAGAUCAAGAUGACGUCCCCAGUGUAUGGAACAGACAUGAUGGUUGGCAUCGGUACUUCUGAUGUAAAUCUAGAUAAAUACAGACACACGUUCUGCAGUCUGCUGGGAAAAGAUGCAGAUAGCUGGGGUCUUUCUUACACUGGCUUGUUGCAUCAUGAAGGAGACAAGAUGAACUUUUCCUCUCGGUUUGGACAGGGCUCCAUCAUUGGAGUCCAUUUGGACACGUGGCACGGCACACUCACUUUCUUCAAAAAUCGCAAGUGUAUAGGUGUUGCUGCCACAGAGCUACAAAAUAAGAGGUUUUAUCCGAUGGCGUGCUCCACAGCAGCGAAGAGCAGCAUGAAGGUCAUCAGAUCCUGCUCUGCACCCACCUCCCUGCUGUACCUUUGCUGCGCUCGCCUUCGCCAGCUGCUGCCAGACUGUAUAGACACCCUGGAUGUGUUGCCACUGCCGCCAGGCCUUCGCCAGUUGCUCCACAACAAACUGGGUUGGGUGCUCAGUCUCAAUGGAGGCAACACAGAAGAAACCCCAGAUGGGCCAGAGCGCCCCUCACGUUUGCCUGUUCCCCCCCUGGCUGGACCGUCAUCCUCUGAGAGCGACUCAGAGGGUUGUACGUCCGACCCCGAAGCCUGUCAGAGGAAGAGAUGCCGCUGGACAUGACUGGACAGUUCGACUCCUACCUCCUGUUAAACACUGGCAGACAUUAAUGUCCUUUGGCAUCUAAUCUAGUGUUUCCUACCUGCCUCAAACUUUCCUCAACAUCAGUGUUGUCAGUAGUGAAGAAAAUAACCAGGAUCAGAGAGGUAUGUAGGUGGAAAACUGUGAGGGCAGUGUUUCUGCCUGCACGCUUUUACUGUGAUCUUCUCUCAUGCCAUUCAGAUGUCUUCAUGCUCAUCAUCACAAAUUCAGUAUCCAAACCAGCUUUACUAACAAGUGAAAAGAUGUGGUGUUACUUUGUUAGCUAGCAUAAUGCAUUGCCAUUCAUGUAUGGGGAUUAAUGAAACGGUGCAGGACUGUACAGUGUAACACUGAAGUCAAGUAUGGCCAAAUUUUGGUGGUCAUCAUGGUAUAUUUGCAAAAAGGGGAUUUAAAAAAUGAGAGACUAUAUUUUCUGUGUUUUCAACCUGUAUGCAAGUAAUGUAUAUUGUUUUAAGCCUCAAUGCAAUUAAUGCAUUCUCAAAGUGAUUUGUUACUGUUUUACUGGCAUCUGCAAUUUUCUGUUAGGUUGCAAAAGUGAAUCAGUGGGACACCAUGGUCCCAUUGAGUGCAGGAAGCAACACGUCAUGCAUGGGUCAUAGAGUAUUCUUUAUGUCUUACUUGCAGGUUACAGCUCUUAAACAAAAAAAAUGUCUGGACAUAUUAAAACCUUAAAGGCAUACUAUGCAGGAAUUGUCAGCUACUGUUUGUAAACAGUACCAGCAGCGAAAGUGAAAGCCAACCACGGCUUUGUCCACUUUGCGUUUGGCCUGCUGUUGGGAGAAGUUUGCACAGAGGGCAUUUUGCCAGAAAGGGAUUUGUUGGUUAAUUAACACUUUACUCCCCAAGUGAUCAUUUGUAUAUCAAUUACUCACUCCUUGUUACCUUAAAUUUGUGAUGACAUCUUUGUUUUUCUCACAGGCCUCGAUAUUGAACAAAGAAUCCAAAAAGAGACGAUGAAUGAAAGUUAUAGGGGGCCUCGUUUAACAACAGCAAAACUGUCUCAAAUUAUCUGUUACAUACUCUCACACAACCCGUACACUGUAAUCCAAGUCUCACUCAUCCAGUUGUAUGCUCAAUACUUCUCAAACAGACAGCCCUUUCUGAUGGGGAACUGAAAGUUAUACUUAUCUAUGUUCUCUUCAAAGCCAGAUUCCAUUUUCAAAACCAGUACUCUUACCUUGCUGAACAUGAGAGCUGCUGGUCUACAACUGCCUCAAUCUGUUAGUUUGUGUUAUUGUGUGACUGUAAAAUUUAAACCUUUUAAAAAAGGGUGUUUUGAUAUAGUUUUGUUGUUAAUUUUAGCUUUUACUCCAAUUCUUUGAGAAUUUUCCAAGUUUUUCGAUUCUUCAUUCACCUUGAAAGCAUGUGAGAAAAACAAAGUCUUCUUCAUGUAUUAAACAUACAACAGGGUGUGUAAAUGAUACACAAAUGAUACUUUGGGACUUUGAACUUUUUCUUUAAGGUUAGGAAAACAUUGUGGUAUGGGUCAAAAUAAUUAGAUUUCUGCCAGAAAUGGAUUUUUCCAAUGUGUUUAGCCUUGCUAUGCCUUUGUUUUGUUUUGUUUUGUUUUGUUUUGGGUUUUUUUCAGUACUGUGUCAGCAAUUUUCGUAGCUUCCUCUUGGAUGUGUGCUGCUUACAAUCUGGCUCCUGUAUGGUACUUUUCUUUUUUUUUUUUUUUUUUUUUUUUUUUAAAGGACCCUCCUUACCUGUGUGCUUCGCUCAGGAACGUCCCAAACACAACAAAAUCAGAAGAAAAUGGUAAAAUGCAGGCAGAGGGCAGAGGCUCUUCAGACACACUUUUAGUGGGUCAUAUAUAAUGAUUGACAGGUAUUAUUCUUGUAUGAGUCGAUACAUUGUUUUGGGGGAAAUCCUGCAUAGUAUACCUUUAAGAAAUGAUAUAGGGAGGUGAAAUGAACCUGAAUGUACUUUGCAGCUUUUAGUCCUCCAAAAAUGAAAAAAAAAUCCCUUGUUGUCUUUCAUAGCACAGCUGUCAUCUCCAAACAACUCACACACCUUUGAUUCCUCCUUAGAUAAUUUUUGUUUUUUGAGAAUAAGAAGUUACAAGUCAAAUAUUUGUUACAUUUAUUACCACAUCCAUCUGUCACCAGCCUUUAAAAGUAUCCUGUUGAAAUAUUAUGCUACUUGUUCAUAGAAA